UCGAAUCUAUGAUUUUGCUAGGGUUUAAAAGGCUUUUAGAAAAUAAGAAGUCGAACUUCAUGUCGUUUUUAUAUAACUAAAAACGACAUAUAGUUUAUUUUUGUAAUCGUCUCUCUUUUGUUAUUGGAGCAGAAAAACUUGUAAGGCCAGAAAUGGCUGUUCUUAUCCAGGUUCUUCUUCCUCCUCCGACGACUAUCGUCUUCUCCAACUCAUUUUCUACAAAGUUAAUACUCACGCGUCGUCUUCGUUGCCGUAUCUCUAAUUCGUCAGAGGUUAAAUCAGAUGAAGGAGCUCCGAAGUUGGAGUAUAAGCCAGGACCUCUCGACGAUUUCUUCAUGCAAUCGUUCCGGAACAAAUUGGUCGAGGAAGUCGGGUCGGAUUCAGAGAAACCCGGGUACGUUGGACUUAUUGAGUUGGUUAAGCUUCUCUUGUUGAAAGGUCGUACUAGGUCGGAGACAAGUGAUGCUGCGGUUCGAAUACUGAAAUCGUUGUUUCCUCCGCUAAUUUUAGAGCUUUACAAGCUUCUCAUUGCUCCUAUAGCACAAGGAAAAUUAGCUGCUUUGAUGGUUGCAAGAGUUACUGUACUUACAUGUCAAUGGCUCAUGGGACCGAGCAAAGUAAACAUCAUCGAUCUUCCUAAUGGAGAAUCUUGGGAUAGCGGGGUAAUGAUGAUACUGGAACUAUGCAUCUGUUUCGAUAUGAUUUGUUUUGUCAGUUAUUUUUCUAUCCUUUGAUAACGAAGAGGAGUUUGAUGAAUCCAAGUAGGUUUUCGUGGAGAAAUGUCAGUAUCUAGAAGAAAGCAAGUGUGUAGGAGUAUGCAUUAAUACAUGUAAACUACCAACUCAGACAUUCUUUAAAGACUACAUGGGAGUUCCUUUGGUGAUGGAACCAAACUUCAAAGAUUAUAGUUGCCAGUUCAAAUUCGGAGUAGCUCCACCGGAGGAUGAUGGCAAUGUUAAUGAACCAUGUUUUGAGACAUGCUCAAUCGCUGGCCGCCGGAAAUUAAAAUCCGGGGAGUGUCCUUUAGCGUAAAUAUAUCGUUUUUAUGUCCAUACACUGACAUUUUACGUUGUGUAAUAACUUGUGUAUAUCAACAUUCUAGCUUUGAUUACGAAAGAAAACACAAAAUUUCUUUAACUAAGAUCUAAUCCAAUUUUUAUGAAUAUCAAAGGGUAUUAUAAGAAA